AUGAUUUUCGAGAAUGGCGGUCUGAUAUUUUUGGGCAGGUACAACGGUACUUCCGACCUCCAGCUGGAGCGCAUGAACGUCUACUUCACCCACGCUUCCGGUGACAAGUAUGUUCCCCGUGCCGUUCUGGUCGAUCUGGAGCCCGGUACCAUGGACGCUGUCCGUGCCGGUCCCUUCGGCAAGCUCUUCCGUCCCGACAACUUCGUCUUCGGCCAGUCUGGUGCUGGUAACAACUGGGCUAAGGGUCACUACACCGAGGGUGCCGAGCUCGUCGACCAGGUCAUCGAUGUCGUCCGCCGUGAGGCCGAGGCUUGCGACUGCCUCCAGGGUUUCCAGAUCACCCACUCCCUGGGUGGUGGUACCGGUGCCGGUAUGGGUACGCUCCUGAUCUCCAAGAUCCGUGAGGAGUUCCCCGACCGUAUGAUGGCCACCUUCUCCGUUGUUCCCUCCCCCAAGGUCUCCGACACCGUUGUCGAGCCAUACAACGCCACCCUGUCCAUCCACCAGCUGGUUGAGCACUCCGACGAGACCUUCUGUAUCGAUAACGAGGCCCUGUACGAUAUCUGCAUGCGUACCCUCAAGCUGUCCCAGCCCUCCUACGGUGACCUGAACCACCUGGUCUCCGCCGUUAUGUCUGGUGUCACCACCUCCCUACGUUUCCCCGGUCAGCUCAACUCCGACCUCCGCAAGCUGGCUGUCAACAUGGUUCCUUUCCCUCGUCUCCACUUCUUCAUGGUCGGCUUCGCUCCCCUGACCAGCCGUAACGCCAAUGCCUACCGCCAGGUUAGCGUUCCCGAGCUGACCCAGCAGAUGUUCGACCCCAAGAACAUGAUGGCCGCCUCUGACUUCCGUAACGGCCGUUACCUCACCUGCUCCGCCCUGUUCCGCGGUAAGGUCUCCAUGAAGGAGGUCGAGGACCAGAUGCGCAGCAUCCAGACCAAGAACCAGAGCUACUUCGUUGAGUGGAUCCCCAACAACGUCCAGACCGCCCUGUGCUCCGUUCCUCCUCGUGGCCUGCGCAUGUCUUCCACCUUCGUUGGUAACAGCACCUCCAUCCAGGAGCUGUUCAAGCGUAUCGGCGACCAGUUCACUGCCAUGUUCCGCCGCAAGGCUUUCUUGCACUGGUACACUGGUGAGGGUAUGGACGAGAUGGAGUUCACUGAGGCUGAGAGCAACAUGAAUGACCUUGUCUCCGAGUACCAGCAGUACCAGGAAGCCUCCAUCUCCGAGGGAGAGGAGGAGUACCUCGCUGAGGAGGCUGGUCUCGAGGAUGAGAUGUAA